AUGCCUGUUUAUCUGUGUGAUGGAAUUAAUUUGAUGGAUCGUGGUAUUCUCUUCGAUCAAGAUUCUCAAAAUUAUACGUUAGACGGAAGUCAUACCAAUAUGCAUUGUCCUGAUAAUAAGUGUGAUGAUGAUAACAAAAAACUUAGUUCUGCUUUUAUAGCAUUUAUAACUUUCUUUAAUGGUACUGGUAUUGAUGAGACUUUAGAUAGUGAUAAAAUUGCUGAAUACGCUAUUUUAUGGUUAGGUCACAAACUGAAUCAAAAAAAAGAAAAUGAAACUACCACAUUAAACGAUUUUUAUACUAAACAUGUAGAAACAAAUAGUCAUUAUAAUCAGAAAAUGAUUACUAAUAGUAGUAAUAAGAUUAAAAAGAAUGAUAUAGAAAAAAAAAUAAAAUCGAUGAAUAUUGGUAUUAAAGAUAUGUCUAAUUUUUAUGAAGUAUUUAAAUUAUUAUGUAAGAUGGAUGGUGAACUUGAUCCAAAAAAAAAACCCCAAUGCAAUAAAUGUUUAGAAAGUGCUAGAGAAUUUUUUGAAAAAUGUGAAAAAGUUAAAAAUGCUUUUGAUAUUAAUAAAGGAAGUUCUUAUUUACAACUAUUGUCUAUUUUAUCAAAUGAUUAUAAAAAAUUUAAAGAGAAAUAUAAACAGGCUGUAUGUAGUAAUGUCGAAUUCCUUGAAACUUGUUCACGAAGUUCAGUGACAGAAAGUCCAGUGACAAAAUGUCCAGUGGCAGAAUGUCAAGUGACAGAAUGUCCAGUGACAGAAUGUCCAGUGACAGAAACUCCACUGACAAAAAAUACACUAAUUACAAUUGCAAUUAUAUUUGUUGCAGCAUCAAUUUUAUUGGGAGUUUCUUAUAAGUAUUCGUUAUUUGGAUUUCGGAAACGAUCUCAAAAACAACAUUUAAGAGAAAAACUAAAAAAAUAA